GUAAACUAUACUGUAUCUAGGUUCAUAAUAACCUGGUUUGAGAAUAGGUUUGAGCGACUCAAAUUGAAAGCUGUAAACUAUUCUGUAUUUAGGUACAAGAUGAACUGGUUUGAACAAAGGUUUGAACAGCUCCAAUUAAAAACUAGAAACUCUGUCUAUAUAGAUGAUGCAGUAUCACCGGACGGAAGAAGAUUUUCAAAGGAGCUUGAGAUAGGAUUAGAGCUGGGUAAGGGUGGAUAUGGUUUAGUAAAACUAGCAACUAAUAACAAGGGUUUGAGGUUUGGAGUAAAGCUGGUGGAGAAAAAUAGAAUAUUGAAAUGGACUUAUGAAGAGAGGAAGGGAGAGAGUUUAUCUUUACCCCUGGAGUUUAGUAUUCUCAAUAAACUCAACUAUCCAUCAAUACUCAAGGUUGUAGACGUGUUUGAGAGUUUGGAAUACUUUCAAAUAGUUGUUGAGUUGGUUCAAGGAAUAUCUCUCUUUGAUCUAAUAGAGAAGAACGGACACCUGGAAGAGGAGGUUGCUAGAUGGAUCUUUCUCCAGGUUACUGACGCAAUAAGAUACUUACAUGGAGUAGGGGUUCUUCAUAACGAUAUCAAGGAUGAGAAUAUAAUGGUGAAUAAGUCAGGAGAAAUAAAAUUGGUGGAUUUCGGAUCCGCUUGCUAUCAUUCAAAUAUUCUUACAAGGAAUUAUUGUGGUUCUGAAACUUACUCUAGUCCUGAGGUUGCUAAAGAGAAGAAAUAUUGUAGAACUUUGCAAGAAAUCUGGUCUUUAGGGGUUUUGUUGUUCGUGAUGGUUUGUGGCUCAGCUCCGUUCCAAACUAUUCUCCAGGUUCAGGACGGAGAUCCAGAAUAUCCCCCAGGGAUUCAUCUAUCACAGGAUCUCCUCUUGUUAAUAUCCGCAGUUCUAGAGAAGAGUCCGGAGAAAAGGUUUAACCUUACCCAGAUAUUAAGUUCUCCCUGGGUGAAAUUGAACCUGAUUAAAUCUCCGGAGUUCCUGGUUUUUGACUAAUCAAAGUAUGGAGAAACCGCAUAUGCAUUUUUGCUGUAAUAAAGAAUGUAAAAGGGAUUGUUAGGUUAUGAUAAGCUGGUCUUUUAAGAGAUUGCAUGUAAAGCGGUGACGGAUUGUGAUAUUUUCCAAGGGGAGGAAAUAAUUAAAAAAUUGCCUAAAUUUUAAAUUCUAAAUACUGCACUGGCAGGGUAGGGAGGGGGAAAUUUUCUGUGAAGGAAAAAAAACAUAAAAGAACCAAAUUUUGAUUUUUUUUUUGAUCCAUUGGUAAAAAUUUAACUUCAGGGAGUAGAAUGUGCCACCUUUCUCUAGCUGGCCUAAAAUCUUCAAGGGAAAGGGGGACGAAGUCUCCCCAACUUCCAGGGAGGGGGAGGUAGACCCCCCUUAUUCCACCACUGCUUCUGCGUUAACCUGUAUGAAAAUACACAUAAUACCUUUGCAGUAAAAUCCGUGUCGUUUUCUUGAAAAAUCACAGCUGCAGGAAAAAAUGAAUUGUCAUGGAUGGCUUUCAAAUGAAGUUCUUUGUAAUUUUAUAAUUAUAUGUUAAAUAUAUUGAAAGAUCCUUGUAAUUUAAUGCUUUCUUUAUAUAAAUCUGAAUCCUUUUAUAGUGAUUUAAAUAAUAAAGUUUUCUGUAAAUCUCGCUUAUCUGAAUCCUUUUCUAGUGAUUUAAAUAAUAAAGUUUUCUGUAAAUCCCGCUUAUCUGAAUCCUUUUCUAGUGAUUUAAAUAAUAAAGUUUUCAUUGAAUCCCGUGAGGUUUUCAAUGGUUUUACAA